AUGGGGGAUGUCUUCGACAGCCGACAAAGUCAAUACACUGACUUCCUCCUUCAGCAUUACGGCGCCUCGCUGUACAUCUGUCAGAAAAUGUUAGCCUACAUCUGCAUCAGCUCCCCGAGCACAGCAAUUCUGUGCAGGCUACCGCUGAACGUCAUGAAAAGCCUGAUCCACAUAGGUGUGGCUCUCUUACUGUUAGCACAGCUUUUGGGCGAUGAGACUGGAAGCGCGCGACAUGGCGCGUUCUGGGUUGCCAUAAUGGAAGCAUGGAAGUAUCGCACGCAGCACAGUGGUGACACGCAGCGCAGUGGUAAUGAGCGUGCUUCGCCAAGUGGGUAUUUUGUUAUUUCACCGCACUUGCCACAGACUGUGAACACGGUCAUAAAGCAGCAGCUACAGAGCUGCACCGAUCCAUUUAUUUGGACGACUUCCGAUGGCAACAGGUUUGAGUGGCGCAUCGAUCAGGAAGGCUUUGUGAGAAGAGAUUGGUGGGAUGUCUCGAAAUGGAAAUCGGAAGCAGCCAUCGAAAACGUGAAUGCUGACCCUGGUGAAAGCACGUACUCAGCUCAGAAUCAAGAAGGCAAGUCUGAGACGGAGUUGACGACCGAAUCUGAGCCGGCACAAGCCAUCCCUGAUAGUCUUUGGGACGAAGCCAUAAGCUGGGAAGAGGUCCAAGCAAGCGACAUCAGUGUUUUGGAACUGUCAAGAGACUAG